AUGAAUUUUGAGUCCUUUGUAACGACUUUCCUCUCACUUCUGGCCAUUUGUUGCGGCGUUUCGGCCGAAGACGAGCCGAAAGUGAGUGAAUUGUUUUCGUUCGAGAAGUUGGCUCAAUAUUCAAGUCUUGCGUCGUGUUUCGCGCUAAUCCACGAGGACUUCGCGUACUGUAACCAAAAGGCCGAAGAGAAGGGCCGCAAAUACCUGGAGGGCGUCGACCCGGACUCGGAGUGGGCGCGUCGUGUCAAGUGUUGCGGCACUUGGAAGCUGCGGGACUGUUGGGUGAAGUUCGCGAGAGACAAGUGCGACGCCAAGCAGGCGGAACAGGUCUAUGGUCUGCCCUACACCUUCAUGAAGAGGCUGGACGUGUCGUGUCGUGACUAUCCCGACGGCAGCGACAAAUGCCGUUUCCCCGUUUGGCUCAUUGUGACCAUUGUGUUGGUCGGAGUGGCGCUGUUGGCCGCCGGCGUCUUCUGCGGCGUCCGCUUCUAUCGCCGCCGCAAAGAGCGUCUCAUUCGACAACAGCUGCAGUCGAGAGCGGCUCAGGAGGAAAGGGAGACGUUGAAGCCGUCGCCCGUUUGAUCGCAGUUUGUUUUAGACGUGUGUAAAAGUGCCAUAAGUUU